AUGUCAUUACCGAUUUCAGUCUCGCCUUCAGAAUCCAAAGAUCUGCUUCGAAUGGAGCGUGUUGGUGCGCAUUCACACAUUCGCGGUCUUGGUCUCGACGAUGCCCUCGAACCACGUGCUACAUCGCAAGGCAUGGUGGGUCAACUCAAAGCACGUAAAGCAGCUGGUGUGAUUCUUCGCAUGAUUGAAGCUGGCAAGAUCGCUGGUCGUGCUGUGCUGAUCGCUGGUCCUCCUUCCACGGGCAAGACGGCUAUUGCUAUGGGUCUUGGCUCUGAUGUCCCAUUCACCAUGCUUGCAGCAUCCGAGAUCUUCUCACUGGAAAUGUCAAAAACCGAAGCAUUGACUCAAGCAUUCCGUCGAUCGAUUGGUGUGCGUAUCAAAGAAGAAUCUGAAAUCAUCGAGGGUGAAGUGGUGGAAAUCCAAAUUGAUCGAUCAUUGACAGGAGGAGCCAAGACUGGCAAGCUCACUCUCAAGACGACCGAUAUGGAGACAGUGUAUGAUUUGGGUAACAAGAUGAUUGAUGCUUUGAACAAAGAAAAGGUCAUGGCUGGCGAUGUCAUUGCUAUUGACAAGGCUUCUGGACGUAUCACAAAGCUUGGACGCUCUUUCACACGUGCACGAGAUUAUGAUGCUAUGGGAUCUGAUACCAAAUUUGUCCAAUGCCCAGAAGGAGAAUUGCAAAAGCGCAAAGAAGUUGUUCACACCGUGUCAUUGCACGAGAUUGAUGUCAUCAACAGCAGAACCCAAGGUUUCUUGGCUCUCUUUUCAGGUGACACUGGUGAAAUCAAGUCGGAAGUGCGAGAUCAAAUUAAUGCCAAGGUGGCUGAAUGGAGAGAAGAAGGAAAGGCAGACAUUGUGCCUGGUGUAUUAUUUAUUGAUGAGGUUCAUAUGCUCGAUAUUGAAUGUUUCUCUUUCUUGAACCGAGCAUUGGAAGAUGAAAUGUCUCCUGUGGUUGUUAUGGCUUCCAACCGUGGCGUUACCAAAAUCCGAGGCACCAAGUACAAAUCACCACACGGCAUCCCUGUUGAUCUUUUGGACCGUAUGCUUAUCAUCUCAACACAAUCUUAUGAAGAAAACGAGAUCAAGCAGAUCCUUACUAUUCGAUGCCAAGAGGAAGAUGUGGAAAUGACUGAUGAUGCACGGGAUGUGUUGACAAAGAUUGGUGUUGAAACCUCGUUGCGUUAUGCUAUUCAUCUCAUCACCGCUUCUAAUCUUGUUGCAAGGAAGCGAAAGGCACCUGCUGUUGAUAUCCAAGAUAUCAAACGCGUCUAUUCACUUUUCCUCGACGAGAAACGAUCAGUGCAAUAUCUCAAGGACUAUCAAGACCAGUACAUGUUCAACGAGGUGACCGAUGGAAGCAGCAGCAGCAUGGCUGUAGAUACGGCAAUGGAAAUGUAA